AUAGCAUAGCCGUCACAAAAUUAUGUAAACCCUAGCUGGCUGUCCGUCCUUCCCCCUCCACAGCGUCAGUGGCGGCUCACCGCAAUUCUGUCCCCAAUCCAGUGUCAUUUGACUCAUUUCCUCUUCCUGCCCUCGGGGAGUACGUGAGGACCUAAAAGUACCUCGCCCCCAAACCCUAGAACCCCACACCACACCCAAUUCGCCCACCCAAACCCUAGUCCUCCCGAUGCUGUGAUCCGCCGCGCGUGCCCCAUGGCUCUAGACGGCCCCGCGGAGCGACGGGACGAGGCCCAGGCCGCGAUGGGUAAUGGCAACGGCGUGGCCCCGCCGCCGUUGCGGCCGGCCGGCCGGCCCUCCGGGGCGCCGGCGUGCGCAGAUCGGCGGCUGCGGUUGAACCCCAACAUGGAGCACAAGCCGCAGGACUACAGCGACGUCCGCGGCGAGUACGCACCAGCUGUAUACAGUGCACUUGAGAGGCACCUCCCACCCAGUGUCCUUGAUGCCAACCGGGAAAUCAAGCUGCAGCUCAUGCGAGAGGUCCUCGGGCACUAUUGGCCCCAUGGUGAGCGCAACAAGGUUCAAAGGCACAGAGAAUACAGACAGAGAAUACUCAACCAUUAUAAGCCACUUCAUAAAGAGCUAUACAAAAUGCGCCCUUCAUCGUUCUUUUUACCAACAUUCCUUGAAGCUAUUAGGACCAAUACAGAAGAAAGCUUUAGAAGCAUUAUGACUGAGCCAGUUCCUGGUGUUUAUUCAUUUGCUAUGUUACAGCCUAAUUUUUGUGAGAUGCUAUUACAGGAGGUAGAGAACUUCGAAAAAUGGGUCCACACAAUGAAAUUUAAGAUAAUGAGGCCAAAUACAAUGAACAAGUAUGGUGCUGUCCUUGAUGAUUUUGGCCUGGAAGUUAUGCUGAACCAAUUCAUGGAACAGUUCAUAGCUCCAAUGUCUACAGUAUUAUAUCCUGAGGUUGGUGGAGGAACAUUAGAUACACACCAUGCUUUUGUUGUUGAGUAUGGGAAAGACAGGGAUGUUGAACUCGGUUUCCACGUUGACGAUUCUGAGGUUACAUUGAAUGUUUGCCUUGGCAAGCAAUUCUCUGGUGGUGAGUUAUACUUUCGUGGCAUCCGUUGUGAGAAUCAUGUGAAUUCAGAGACACAGCAUGAGGAAAUGUUCGAUUACUCUCAUGUUCCUGGACGAGCUGUGCUCCAUCGUGGUCGUCAUAGGCAUGGUGCCCGACCGACAUCAUCUGGGCUCAGAAUCAAUCUUCUUUUGUGGUGCAGAAGCUCUGUGUUCAGGGAGAUGAAGAAAUAUCAGAAGGACUUUUCGGGCUGGUGUGGUGAAUGUAAACGUGAGAAGAAGGAGAGGCAGAUUCAUGCUGUUAAAGCAACUAAGCUGGCGUUUCUUAGGGGUGCUGGAGGGGCAACGAUUUAAAUUAUAUUUGCUUUAUGUAUUUAUACAAUCUUGUAUUAUAUUAUACUUUACUGUCAUUUGGGAAGCAGCUAGUGUGAUCUUCAGUUUUUCUGGUCACAAUCAUUAGUGGUCACAGGUGUAUGUAAAUUGAACUUGUGAUCAAAUCAAGCUGAAACUUAGUGGAGGAUCGCAUGUUAGUGUGAAAGGAGUGCUAGCAGAAUAGCAACUCCCCCCUUCAAUAUCGUCUAAGCCUGAUAUUGUACAGAUAAGUGCAUCUGCAUAGAAUGUUCUAAUCUGUCAUCAAAUUUGGGUGA